AUGCCUAUUAUACCUCCCCGACACGGCCCCGUAUCGACCUUCAAACAUGAGCGCGCGGCUUUCGUCUUCGAUUUGGAGAUGCAGGCGAGGAUUUUGAGAGCGAAGCCCCAGGCUGGUGAGACUGUUGCUGAGAGGCUACGUGAGCUUGUUGGUAGUGUUCAUCGGCUUAAGGGUGCCUCUAUGGCUAUGGCUGUUGAUGCACGUGGCAAUGCCCAUGUCCUGGCGAAACCGUACGGGUUUUAUAGCUAUAACGUGCCGCUUAUGUGCAAUGGUAUUGUUGCCUCUUUGUUGCACUGGGCGGAUAUUCUUGUUAAUACUGAUGGGCGGAGGACGGAUGGUAUUGUUGUUGAUUCUAUUGAGGGAAUGUUGGGGUCUUUAGGGUUUUAA